CGCAGUUGGACGGACGCGGAAGUGUCUCUGCGCACCUGCUCCGCUUCGGGAAACGGACCCAACUUAGAUUUUUCAGGCCCGUAGGUGAUGCUGUAGUUCUCGGAGUGUCGGGUGUCAGGUGUCGGGCGUCAGGAUGCAGUUGUUAGCGGUGAAGCUGCUCGGCAUGCUGGGAAUGUUCGUGCUGGUGCUGGGAGGAGUGCUGGUCCCCGUGCGCCUCCUGCUGGUCGAUCAUGAGAAAGCGCAGAGGUACAGACGAGCGCUGUCCCUGUGCAACGCCUUCGGGGGCGGAGUCUUCCUCGCCACCUGCUUCAACGCCCUGAUGCCCGCCGUCAGGGACAAGGUGUCGGAGGUUUUCUCGGAGCUGAAGCUGACGUCCGAUUACCCUCUGGCGGAGACGAUGAUGAUGCUCGGCUUCUUCCUCACCGUUUUCGUGGAGCAGACGAUUCUGACGUUCAGAAAAGAGCGUCCGUCCUUCAUAAACCUGGAGACGUUCAACGCGGGCGGCUCGGAGGCGGGCAGCGACUCCGAGUACGAGACGCCCUUCAUCUCCGGCCCCGCCCCUCGCCACCACGGACACUCCCACUUCGACCCCGCCCACCUCGCCGCCGCCGGGCCCCUGCGCCUCAUCAGCCUGGUGCUCGCCCUCUCCGCGCACUCCGUUUUCGAAGGGCUCGCGCUCGGCCUGCAGAACGACGUCUCCAAGCUGGGCAGCCUGUUUCUGGGCGUGGCCGUGCACGAGACGCUCGCCGCCGUCGCGCUCGGGGUCAGCGUCGCCAAGGCGUCGCUGGCGAUGCGGGACGCGGCGAAGCUGGGCGCGAUGGUGAGCCUGAUGAUCCCGCUGGGCGUGGUGGUGGGGAUCAGCAUCGAGUCGGCGCAGACGUUGGCGGGACGCAUCGUUUCCGUGGUGCUGCAGGGUCUCGCCGCCGGGACCUUCCUGUUUGUGACGUUUUUCGAGAUCCUGGGGCCGGAGCUGGAGGAAAAACAGGACCGGCUUCUCAAAGUGCUGUUCCUGGUCCUGGGCUACGGGACGCUCGCCGCCCUCGUCCUCGUCAAAUGGUGAAGGAGCCGAGACAAACUUCUACGGGAAACCAAAGACGGCGGCAAAAGCUCAACGGGGUUAAAACUCGAUUACAGAAAACCGACUCUCAGACGACGUGUUCUAAUGUUCCUCCUCAAAAACAGACCUGGAGUUGUGUUUUUUUCAUUCACACGUAUUUAAGUACCGUAUAUUUCAGACUAUAAGCCGCACCGAUAUGGAAAAUUAUUGAUUUCAUCUGAUUUUGAAAUUUAAAUGCCUCUGAAUUUCACACUUUGAAUUUUUUAUCUCUGGAAAAACAUGUUUAAAUAAUUUUUACUCUGAAUUUUAGUUGCUGAAACUUAAAGUGUAUUUUGUAUUUUCAAAGAGUUUACAAUUCAAAAGUAUAAAAAAAAAUCACCAAUUAAAUAUUUUCAAGCUUUUAAAUUCAGCAGUCAAAAUUCAAAGUGUAAAAUUCGCAGUGCAAAAAAAAUCGUGGCAAAGAAGAAAUAAAAAAAAUCCAAAAUGAUCCGAUCUAACUUAGUAACAGCAGGAAAUGGUGCAGUGAAGCGAUCUGAUUGGUCAGAAUCAGCCUCAUCAAAACCUCAAGCCCCGCCCACAAAUGAGAACCAAUAGGAAACAGCCACAAGUCAAUCUAAAAUGGAUUCUAAGAAGAAGAGCUCGGUCUAAAUGUGCAGGUUUGUGCGUUAAACAUGUGAAUGAAACAAAACACACAACUCCAGCUCUGUGUGUGACGAGGAAACAUUAGAACGGAUCAGAACACGGUGUAAUUUGGGGCGUUUAAACCGAGCUGAGACAGCAGGGGGCGCUGUGUGAGAGGGGACGCUGUGUUAAAGGGGGCGCUGUGUGAGAGGGGACGCUGUGUUAAAGGGGGCGCUGUGUGAAACCGGAAGCCAAAAGCCGGGGAGGUCACUGGUUCAAAUCUCAUUUUUUGUGGUAUAAUUUCUCGAGUUUUCAGAUGAUUUAAAAACAGUGUGUAUUGCAUCAUUAUCAAAACUGCUGAACAUUCCACCAUAGAAGUACAUGCAGGACACCCCCAGCGUGACGUCACCGCAAAGUAUCAUUCCAUCUGGAUUUAAAUCUGCCGAACGAACCCUGAAUCAGUCAUUUGGGUCGUUUCCGUUCACACACCGCGCCUCCUCCAAACCCCCGACGCUGUAGCCGUGUCUCGUACUGUAUCUGACCGUUUAAGUUUAAGAAAAUGAAAAUUAUUUAAGUUUAUUUAGAGAUUAAACUGAAAAAAGCUUUUGUCAAGUUCAGAAUGUGUUUAAACCAACGGUGGAACUAAGAGAAAAUAUUAAUAUCUAAAUGCGACGGGCAACGUUUAUGGAUCAAUUUUGAGUCAAAAAGUUCAAAGACACUUUUAAAACAUCAAGCGAAAAAUUAUAAAUCAAAACGCCAAAAACUAAAUAAAUAGAAUAUGUAAGAUUGUGAUCAAAUUAUUUGUGUAAUCGUGUAAAAUAUCCGUCUUUAUUUUUGUUCUGUGUUUUUCUCAGUUUUGUUUGAUGACGUUUUUUUUCUUUGGUUUUGAUUCCAGUCUUCUCGUUGGACUUUUUGAUUCUGAUUCUUCUUCUCGUUGGACUUUUUGAUUCUGAUUCUUCUUCUCGUUGGACUUUUUGAUUCUGAUUCUUCUUCUCGUUGGACUUUUUGAUUCUGAUUCUUCUUCUCGUUGGACUUUUUGAUUCUGAUUCUUCUUCUCGUUGGACUUUUUGGUUUCAGUUUUGGCACAAUCGUGAUAGGUGGGCGGGGUUUCCAUGGUGGAUUCUCAUUGGCUCAUUUAUGUUGGACAGCUAAAGCCCAAUUUAUAGUAGUGUGUUAAAUCGUCUGCGUCUCCUUGAACCUCCUCUGCAGAGCGUCUGUGUCGACCAACGUGAAACUCCCAAAUUUUGUAACUACACAUCGAUAAUAAGAGCUGUGAUUGGUCGGCUCUACACGCAUUUCCUGUACUCCGCUUUCCCACUUCAUUUUGUAAACACGAACGCCACUUUAAUUACUUCACGGCGCAUAGACCCCAACGCAGAUCCAUAAAUUAAAAAUACCGGCGAUGGCUUCAGUGUGCGUUGAGUCGACACAGAACUAUAAUUCAACCUUAAGUUAGACCAGGGGCGUCCAAACUUUUUUCAUCAAAGGCCACAUAUGUAAACACAGACGAAGCAGAGACUGAUCGAGGGCCGGAGACUGGAGCUCAGUACAGUGAAUAAUUGAAAUCUGUGCAUGUUGAACACGUUAGAAUGAGUCAUCAGUCUUCAUUCAGGAUAAGAUCCUUAAAACCACACACUAAAUAUUAAAUAUUCGCUUUAUCAAGGUGAUUUUGCAGUAAAAAAAAAAUUUUUUUUUAAUUGAGGUGAAUUGCAGGUAAUUUGGCCCAAUUCACCUGGAAGCCUAAGGGCCAAGAAAAAAUUGUCUGAGGGCCGAAUUUGGCAGUUGUGGACGUUUCCUGUUGAAGUUUUGAUGCUCAGAGCUUUUCUAAUAUUCACCGUUCUCUGGUGGACGCUUCUUCAGGAACAUCAUGAUUCUGUUUAUACAGUGUCAGUUCUGGACAAACUUGUUGUUUGUGUUUCAGUCGUCAAAACUUCAACAGGAAACGUCCACAACAGCUUCAGGGGCAGGCGCCAAGCUUAUCUGCGUACGCGGCUUAGCUGACCGUAAAUUACAUACAUUGUGUAAAUGUGAAUACACCCAUGGAAACCCCGCUCACCUGUCACGUUUGUGUCACGUUUGUGUCACGUUUGUGUCACGUUUGUGUCACGUUUGUGUCACGUUUGUGCCAAAACUGCACCAAAAAGUCAGAGUGCAAAUGAGAAGAAUCAGACCCAAAAAUAUUAAAUUAACCCAAAGAAAACAGUUUCCAAAGAGAUAAACAUGGAUAUUUUACACGAUUACACAAAUAUUUGAUUGAAAAUGUAUUUAUUUCAUUUUACUUUUUUUGUUAUAUUUUUUAUUUGGUAUUUUGAUUUAUACUUUUUUGACUUGACGUUUUAAAAUCGUCUUUGAACUUUUUGACUCAAACUUGAUUCCAUGAAGGUUCAGGUCGACUUUUCCUCUGCGUUUGACCCGUCCUUCAGUGUCUCCGGGUUAAACGUGUCAGGAGCAGGUGGACUGUGCAAAUAAAUGGACACAACUGACCAAAUAUCUGUGUCCGAAGCACGAAGCGGCUCCUCUGAGUUCUGAUUGGAGCUGAGUUUCUGUGUAAAAAUCGUGGCUCCUCCGUCAGACUCUUAUUUAAAAUUAUCCUCUUUUUUUUUUUUCUUUAUUUUGUGGAACUCGUGUCCAGGUCACGGUCUGGUCUUGGUCUGGACCUGAGCUGGAGGAUCUUUGCAGGUUUUGGGUUGUUGGGAAACAUAAAAAGUGCCAGUGUUUGUGUAGAGUAAAGAGUCGCCGCAGACUUUAGACCGCAGCAUCUGAACCACUCCACCUUUAUCUUAUCUGUGUUAUUUAUUUAUAUUUAAAAGUUUGUUCGUGUUUGUUUUGUGGGUGAGAGUCUGGAGUUAAUCUCAGUUUGAAUAAUUAGAAGCGUGGACGACUAUCCAAUAUUCACAUCAGAACACAGAGCGGAGAUUUAAACUACAAGAUGAAACUGCAGCGAGUUCAGAGGCGCGAGAGUGGAACUUGAAAUUAAUAGAAAUGAUCAGGAGGAAAAAAAAACACGGUGUGGAUUUGACUUUUGGAGAUUUCUUAUAAAAAUACCAGUGAAUGAAACAGAAUACUGAGACUCCUGGACUGGGACGAACUGGGAUAAAAAAUUUAAAAAACACAAAAAGUCUGACCAUGUGGAGGAUUUUUGUCAUUUAAAUAAUUAAUAAUUAAUAAUUUCAGUAAAUCAAUAAUGAAAUAAUUGAAGAAAACAGACAAAAAUGAACGACUUCUGAUUCUGUUUAUUUAAAAAAAACAUCUAAUUCACUUCAUUUCAAAGGGACUUCGCUCUUUUGUCUUCAAUCUUUUCCCGUCCUUAACGUUUUCUGUUUGACGUCUUUGACUCGUGUUGAAACUGAGUGACUCGUUCUUCUUUGUCGACUUUUAGGCCUGAGCAGUUUAUGGCUGACAAAUGGGCAAAUGAUCAUAUUCGCGCCCUCUGCUGUUUGUACGACCAACAGUCAGUAGAUCUUACAGGUUGCCGAUGCUCCAUGUUAUUGCUUUAAGAAAGAGAAACAGUCCACAGAACUUUAAUCAAAUCUGCAGAUGAAUCCAGGUUGGGGUCGUGUUGUUUUCAGGGUCUGUGUCAUCGGCUCAUGGGCCCAAAAAUAAUUUCCUCUUCCACAUUUACUUCCUGAAUCCGGUCGAGCUCCUCCCACUUGUGUGACGUCUGUAACGUGCACGGUGUGGAACGUUUGGACCAAUCAGAGCGAGAGCUGCUGGAGCGGAGUGAGCGCGACUCAGAGCUUUGGAUCUGUUAAAAUAUCUGGAUAUUGUGUUGUUGCUUGUUUCGUCCUCCAGUCGUCGUAGAGUCUCUCACUGGUUCUACAGCGGAAAAAAAUCCACUGGGCCGAGACAAGAUUUUUCUCAUGGAGGCAAAGAAAACACAAACUGUUCGUGUUGGUCUGACAGGGAACUACAACUUUGAAAAAUAACUUUAACUUCUUGCGUUCUUUUUAAAGACAGCGCAGUAAAGUGUGUUUACCUUGUUGACAUGUUUCUGCUGCUGCGUCUUCAGAUCUGUCCUGGUGUUGGUGUUGACGUGUUGUACAUCAGCUGUUGUUACUUCCUGUGGGCGUGGUCAGACCUGAUGGACCACAAGGUAAACACACUUUACUGCGUUGCUCUGCUCCUCUCGCUCCGAUUGGUCAAAGUGAUCAUGUGAUACCUGAGCCGUGCUGCGUGUGUGUGUUCAUGUGCGUCGGCCUGUGCUCACAGGAGAAAAGACUCUACUGCACAUGCUCAGUUGGUCCACAGACACCGGAAGAACCUCACCGGGUGGAGGAGAAUCUGGAGUCAUGAGACAUUGAGCUCAGCCCAGUGACUUGAAUGGGCGAACAUUUUGAAACCCCGGGGCUUGACUCAGAGCGGCGAGAACGUCAAAAAAACGCCCUUGACACCUCUAGUUGGAGCUUUUACAUUUCAGUUUUUGGACACCGUGGACGAACAGGAGAGAAAUUCUUGAUGCGUGUCGAUGGCGUCCGCUCUGGUCGGCGAACGUUUUCCGAAUCGAGAAACUUUAGAUUUCGGCGUAGAUUUCACGUUCUGGUGUUUGUGGCUCCCGGAUCUUUAUCGUUCUUCUCCUUCUUCUGGGUAAUAGUGUCACUGCGUUAUUAAUCGUCCCUGAUUGGUUGACGCGGCGCAUUCGACGCCAAAACUUCAGCAUUUUCGAGUUCUGACGUCGACGCUCUGGAAGCGCCACGUCAGCUCCAGAUUCUCGCAGCUCUGACGCCUGAAGACGCGCCGCAAAAAAACGCAAGACGCCUUAGAUACAUGUCCACACAGACUUUGCACAUAAACUGGACGCCUGGAGGCCGCGGACUGAACGCAGCUUUACAAAACUCACUUUUAGGAGCUUUGAGAAUUUAAGUUUAUCUUGUAAAAAACGGAAAUUAAUCCUACAAAAUCUGACCUUUGUGAAAUCCGGACACCCUGAAGAACACGGGCAGGUCUGGGCCCAAACUCCCGGAGCUGCAGUACCAAGACCGACCACCAGAGGCAGAGGGGGGAGGGGCUUAUCCAGGUUUAUUUCAGUAACUUUUUGGACUUUUUGGAGCUUUUUCUCGCUCUCUAACAUUGUUCCUUUUAUAAAAACCUGCCUGCCGUUUUAGUCACAUCCAUGCAUGUCUGAGUAAUCUAGCGAUCUCUUGCUCAAACCCUCCUUACGUUCGGCAGCACGAGUUUGUACGAGGCUCUGCCCACAAGCCCAUGUCCCCUCCCCCCUCCAUGCUCCUACACGACAAUAAUCCACAAAUAUACAAACAAAACCACGAUAUAAAGUGUGUUGGGAUGGUGCUCUGCAGGGGGAGCGACUUAGCACAGGGAGAGAAGUCUAAAAGUGUCAACAUUUCAAUGACUAUAACAUUUUCAAAUGAAUAAAAUGUAAAACGGUGAUUUAAAAACGUGGUGUGUUAUAGGUAAAACUGAGAGAUUAUGAAACAGGAAACGGAGACGUGAAAAACCACUUUGUGAUGUCACUAAAUGUAUCAUCGUUUUCUAAUUGUCGCUUGAGGAACUGUACAGAGAACAGAACGGAUUUUUCCCCCAAGUGCUUUUUUGUGAAAUAAUCUUUGCUUCUUUAAAAAUGUUCGACUUUUUGGUAAAUUAUUGGAAAGAAUCAUUUUUUUUUAUUUUUGUGAAUUUUUGUAUUUAAUGAAACGAAAUCGACGUGUGUUUAAAAAUAAAUGUUUAAAAUUAAAUUA